AUGGACACUGGCGACAAAAACUGGGCUACGAAAUACCUCCUUGACCCAUUGAACGCACCAGAUCCUUCCCAAGAAGAUGGCCCAGGAAACACCUUCCGACCUGGUGCGACAGUUGCUCCGGUCAAGCCUUCCCCCCAGUCGAAGCAACUCGUAGGAAGGCGCCUCUCCAGGACGAAUCCAUAUCGCAAGAGCUCCCUUUCCAAUACCGGCACGACCGAGAUCAACCGGUCCGCUUCAUUGAACAGCAAUGGCUAUUCUCCUAUCUCAAGCAACAAAGGCCCAUACCCUCCCCAGUCGUAUCCUUCACCCCCACCCUCAGCAACCUCUCCGACCGCCGCCAACCACUGUUCACUGUCUCCUCAAUCCCUGCGGUCUCCCCAAACGCCCCGGUCCCCAAGCCACAGAGAAGAAGCCUUCGGCGGUGAAAAUCACUCGAGCCCCAAUGGCGGUCGCCGCCGACGAGGAAGUUCCCUCUCUGAGCGCUAUCCGGGGGAUAUGUCUCACCGACCUCUCGACACUCUGGCAAAAGAGAAAGCCGUGGCAGAUCGGUCACGUCACGCGACUAGAAAACACCACAUCCAACCAGAUAUCAUCGACAAGCUUGAUCUUACAGGCGGCGGAGCUUAUCACCACGGCGGUCCCUACGACGCUACUUUGUUCGCGCGGAACAAUUCACUAAACAGUCCGCUCGCGGCAGUAGCCAAUUCCAAUGCCGAAGCUCUUAAAGCAACUCCCAGGGAGAAAAUCAUCGACUCCGUGCAGGGCCACAGACCGCUCGACGGCGUUGCGGCGUACGCUCCAGGAAAUAUGGACCGUAACGGAAACGUUUACAGUUAUGAAGAAGGCGACAAUAUGAUGAUCGAAGGGAGCCCGGAAGGUGGCGCUUAUAAACGCUGGCCGGGCGUUCAAUAUCACCCAGGCGAUGUCAAAGGCAAGGGUGAGCCAAGCUAUACUUUGGAGAAGGUGCUUAAGGAUCACAAGAUCUCCGGUGAGGAGCAGAAAUCCAACGGUAAUGAUGGUAUUGAAAUGAAGGCUCGCAACCGCAGCUCGAGCGGUCCUGUGGCCCCCACGACAGCUCGAUCGGGGUGGGAGAAAGGCGAAGGGCUCGGAAGAAGUGGGAGCAUCAGCAAGAGGCUUAGUGGAGGAUUGAAGAAAAGAUUUGGGAGUAUUAAAAGAAGCCAUCGCCGAGAAGAGUAG